UACAAACCCUAUUCUGCAGGUCGCACGCUCUCCACAAAACGAACGAGCUGUCCCAGGCAGCAGCGAACGCGCCGCCGUCGACGCCUGGACUCGACCGGCGACCGCUGCCCCAAGCAGAGCAGCCUCUCCUCCCGACGGCAGGAAUAAGUAGCCAAGCUUUACAGUGGCAAAAUGGUGCAGUAUAAUUUCAAGAAAAUCACUGUUGUCCCUCCUGGGAAGGACUUCAUUGACAUAAUCUUGUCCCGCACUCAGAGGCAAACACCAACUGUUGUCCACAAGGGCUAUGCUAUCAACCGCAUCCGCCAGUUCUAUAUGCGCAAGGUUCGCUAUACUCAGCAGAACUUCUAUGAGAAGCUCUCCACCAUCAUCGAUGAGUUCCCCCGACUGGAUGACAUCCACCCUUUCUACGGCGAUCUCCUUCAUGUGCUCUACAACAAGGAUCACUAUAAACUUGCCUUGGGCCAGAUCAAUACGGCCAGGAAUAUCAUUGCAAAGAUCUCCAAGGACUAUUUGAGGCUGCUCAAGUAUGGAGACACGCUGUACCGGUGCAAGUGCCUGAAGGUUGCUGCACUAGGUCGCAUGUGUACUGUUCUAAAGCGCAUCAGUCCUAGUUUGGCAUACCUGGAGCAGAUCAGGCAGCACAUGGCCAGGCUUCCAUCAAUUGACCCAAACACCCGUACGAUCUUGAUUUGUGGCUAUCCAAAUGUUGGGAAGAGCUCUUUUAUGAACAAGGUUACAAGGGCUGAUGUGGACGUACAGCCUUAUGCCUUCACAACAAAAUCCCUUUUUGUUGGUCAUGCAGAUUACAAGUAUCUGCGGUACCAAGUGAUUGACACUCCAGGGAUCCUUGAUCGGCCUUUUGAGGACAGGAACAUCAUAGAAAUGUGCAGUAUCACCGCUCUUGCCCACUUGAGGGCUGCCGUGCUGUUCUUCUUGGACAUCUCUGGUUCUUGGUACACUAUUGCUCAGCAAGCUGCACUCUUCCACAGUAUAAAAUCCUUGUUCAUGAAUAAGCCUCUAGUCAUUGUGUGCAACAAGACUGAUUUGCAGCCGCUGGAUGGGCUUUCUGAAGAGGACAUGAAGCUGGUAAUGGAGAUGAAGUCAGAGGCUAUGAAGACUAUACCUCAAGGUGGAGAUCCUAGUGAAGAGGGUGUUUUGUUGACUAUGAGUGCUUUAACAGAUGAGGGUGUGAUGGCUGUUAAAAAUGCUGCAUGUGAGAGGCUUCUUGAGCAGAGGGUGGAGAUCAAGAUGAAAUCAAAGAGGAUCAAUGACUGCUUAAAUAGGUUUCAUGUUGCUAUGCCCAAGCCUCGUGAUAACAGAGAUAGGCCUACUUGCAUUCCUCAGGCUGUUCUUGAAGCUCAAGCAAUUGCUGCUGCAAAGGAAAAGAAGAAACUUGAGAGGGACCUUGAGAAUGAGAAUGGAGGCGCUGGUGUCUAUUCCGCCAGUCUCAAGAAGCAUUACUUAUUAGCCAAUGAUGAAUGGAAGGAAGAUAUUCUCCCUGAGAUAUUGGAUGGGCAUAAUGUUGCUGAUUUCCUAGAUCCGGAUAUCUUGGAAAGGUGUGAAGAACUGGAAAGGGGGGAGGGUCUUCGUCUUGAAGAAGAAGCUGCUCAGGAUGUUAUGAUUGAUGGCCAUGACGAGUUAACUGAAGAACAGCGUGAGAUAUUGGGUAAGAUUAGGAAGAAGAAGGCAAUGCUCAUCCAAGAGCAUAGGAUGAAGAAGAGUACUGCAGAGAGCCGUCCUAUUGUUCCAAGGAAGCACGACAAAGAUAGGAAAUUCACAACCAAGAGAUUGGGCAGGCAACUCACAUCCAUGGGCGUUGAUCCUACUGCGGCUGUGAACCGACUUCGCAGCCAGUCAAGAGGCCGUAAGCGUGAGAGGUCACUGAGCAAAGCUGAUGGUGAUGCUAUGGACGUUGAUGGCCAGCAUUCCGACAAGAAACUGCGUACAAGGUCAAGGUCUAGGUCCAAGUCACGACCAAUUGAAGAGGUUGUGCCAGGUGAAGGGCUCAGGGACACUGCUCAAAAGAAGAAGGCCAUCAAGAAAUCAAGGGACUCUGUGAAGAACAGGAAUAAGGAGGCUCGGCGUGGAGAGGCGGACCGUGUCAUCCCCACCUUGAAACCAAAGCAUCUCUUCUCUGGGAAACGAGGCAUUGGAAAGACCAGCAGGCGAUAAGCCAGUCAAUCUGGACAUUGCUGCUUGCGAUCACUGGAUCAGGAAGUACAGGAUCACUGCUAUUUUUGGUGCUGCAUAUCUAUCAGGGGAGGCUUGAAAACCAAGCUCAAGCUGGCAGGAGGAGAUACUACUAGUAUCUACAUUUUCAUUUUUGCCUGUUACACUUUGUCCUCAUUUGUUAGAUUAUGUCGAUCGUUGCUUAAGUGUACGCAAAUUUUGGUUUAUUCCGCACUAGUGUGGAGUGGACUUAAAUUUUGUUUGAUGGUGUCAAUGUGUUGGAACGGGCCGCUGGUUCUUACUUUUAUACUGAAGUGUGUUGGUGCUGUGA